UCAAAUAAUCCAUGCCUGAAAAUCUUAAUAUAGAAAUACAAGAAAAACGGAAAAGAAAAAGAAAUCAUUUGUCAUCUAUUCAAGCACGAGAGUUAGAAAAAUUAAUGCGUAGGCCAGAUCGAGAAAUUGACUUGUCGGCACCACUUAAACCACCACUUCCACCACCUCCAGAUAUUGUAAAUAAUGUUCAAGGAUCAAGUGCAGGCGCUAGUUCGGGCGAAUUUCAUAUUUAUAAAGUAUCUAGACGAAGAGAAUAUGAACGAAUGAAAAUAUUGGAAGAAGAAACAAGGCAUGAAAUAAAUGAACGUGAAUUCAAUAUGGCAAGAGAGGCCAUAAUAAAAAAAGAUCAAGAAAAAACAGCUAAAAACAGGGCACGACGACAAAAACGUAAACAAAAUAGAGCAAACAAAACAAAAAAUAUAGCCGAAAAUGCAACAUUAAAUAAUGAUAAAAACUAAAUAUAGAAAAUAAAUACAAACAUAAAAAUAUCUAUAUAUAUUGUACCAUUUUUAACAAUA